AUGGGUUUAAAGCGUGCCGCCAGGCAACAGAGAGACAUUGGCAAGCCUGCGUUUGACGAGGAGGCUCUCGUGGAGCUGACUGGCAAGAUUGACAAAACCCUUCCAGCCGUCGAGCAAAAGAUAGCGGGCAAGCGAAAAAGACAAAAUGCUAGCGACGAUGGGCGGGGCUCCAAGAGGCGUCAAACCCAUCCAACCGAGGCUGAAGAACAUAGAGACUCCCAUGCUGCUGCAAAGGACAAAGCGAACAGGAUUCUCCUUGAAGAGAUUAUCGCUCUUGGGGGAGACGAAAAAGAUUUAGAGCUGGUCGCUGAUGUGGACUCUGGCAACGAGGGCGGUGGCGGCCCUUCGCAACCAAAGAUAUCUUCGGAGCAGUCUCUUGACCAGUCUUUCAAGGACGAACUUGCGAAAUUCGCGGCAAGUCUGGGUUUUCAUCAAUUUCACAACCGAGAGGACCUUAAUACAGAGGAUGAAGCUUCUCCGGAUGAAGAUGCAGUCGGUUCUACUACUGAUGUGAGUAGCGACAGUGACGAGGGGGGGGGACAAGAAGAAAUGGAGAAAGAGGACGUCGACAGCUUCAGUGACAAUGAGGAAAAAGUCACUGAGAAAGUGGACAGCGGGGAAGCCAAAAUCAUUCCUCAAGAUACAAAAAAGGGGAAACAGUUCAGAAAUUUGAUAAUUGACCCACGCCCCGACUGGCAUGCUUUUCCCCUGGACGAGUUACCAGCCUCUCGCCCCGAUCAUCCUGGGAAGUACUCUGCUUCUAUUGCAAAUCUCAAGUCAUAUGCAGAGAGUUUGUUAGAAGAAGAUACCGCCAAUUAUCAAUCGGCCCAAGCACAUAGCUCGACCCGAAAGUUCAUGUCAACCAUCAUGUCCUCCGGUACUCUUUCAGAUAAAAUCUCGGCAUUAACGCUCUCCAUCCAGGAGUCACCUCUUCAUAACCGGAAAGCCUUCGAAAGUCUGAUAACACUGGCCGGGAAAAAGAACCGUGGUCAAGCUAUUGCUGCAUUAGGCGCUCUUGUCGAUCUCUUGGGCAAUGGUGCAGUGCUUCCCGAUGACCGCCGCCUUCGUCCUUUCGGCGGCCAGCCCGCUCUUUUCGGGGCGUUGCAAGGUUCUGCGUCACAGACCUGGGUGGCAGGCCAGACUCUUCCCGGGAAAUUGACCAAAGCCCAUUUAGUGAUGUGGGCGUAUGAAGACUGGCUCAAGGCAGCUUAUUUUCGCAUUAUCCAGCUGCUUGAGGUCUGGUGCUCCGAUGAGAUUGAGUAUUCGAGAUCUCGCGCCCUGGAUUUCGUCUUUGGGUUACUCAAAAACAAGCCCGAGCAAGAGGCCAAUCUGUUGAGGCUUCUUGUUAACAAGCUUGGCGACCGUGAGCGCAAAAUUGCCUCACGUGCCUCCUAUCUUCUCUUACAACUCUUGAACGUCCACCCGGGCAUGAAGGGCAUUGUUAUCGGCACCGUCGAGCAGGAGGUCCUGCUAAAACCUGGGCAGAGUUUGCGCACAAAGUAUACUGCAAUCAACACACUCAACCAGACAAUAUUGAGCACCAGAGAACCAUCAAUCGCGGACAAGUUGCUUCGCAUCUAUUUCGAUAUGUUCCUUGCCCUCCUGAAGAGCGGUGUCCUGGGGAAUGUCGGCGCCUUAAAUGGAGACAAAAGAGAUGGUGGCACUCCACGGAAGAAGUCGAACCCGUCAGGUUCGCUUACGGUUGGGAACGAGCAAGAUGUAGCCCAAAAGCUCGUCUCGGCACUGCUAACGGGUGUCAACCGCGCCAUUCCGUUUGCAACUACCGAAGACUCGACGCUCGAAAAGCACCUGGACACAUUAUUCAGAAUAACGCACUCUUCCAAUUUCAACACCAGCAUCCAAGCCUUGAUGCUUAUUCAACAACUCGCUACAUCGAAGCAGCUUGCCGUUGAUCGAUUCUAUCGGACGCUCUAUGAAUCACUCUUGGACCCUCGGCUCGUCACAUCGUCAAAGCAUGCGCUUUACCUUAACCUCAUCUUCCGGGCCAUGAAAAACGACGCUGAUAAAACAUUCCCUGACUUGCGCACUCUUCUGGAUGAUCCUGAAGAGGCUGAUGAUGAUGGCGAAGAAGUCUAUAAAGAUGUUUGCGAGGACGGCACACUCGAUAAUGUUGAAACCCAGGGUGUUACUAGCUCUUUCGUCAGCCCUGCCACAGCUUAUGAUGGUCGGAAACGCGAUCCAGAGCACAGCAAUGCUCAUCGAAGUUGCUUGUGGGAGCUGACACCUCUUCUUUCCCACUACCAUCCUUCUGUAGGCAUCUUUGCGAGAAACUUGCUCUCCCCCCAGCAGUCACUGCCGAAACCAGAUUUGGCGCAUCACACUUUGAUGCACUUCCUCGACAAGUUUGUAUAUCGUAAUCCAAAGGCCGAAGAAACCAAGCGUGGCGGUUCCAUCAUGCAACCAGUUCUCGCAUCUGGCGGCACAUCACGCAUUGUUGUUUCCAGCAAAGCAGCAGCGAAGCAGCAACAAAGUGUCAACUCGGCCUCAUUCUGGAACCUCAAGCCGGAGCAGGUGUUAGCCGAAGAUGUGUUCUUCCAUGAGUACUUCACUCGCAUUGGAAAGCCUGGUAAGAUGACGAGGAAGCGUGACGAAACCAAGCGAGAGUUUGGUUCUGGGGAUGAGACGGGUGAUGAAGAUGAGAUCUGGGAUGCGCUGGUCAAAUCAAAGCCCGACGUCGAAGGGCCAAACGUUGAUGAUGACUCAGACGCAGAUCUUGGGGAUUUCGAUUACUCUGAUGACGAAGAAGAUGGUUCCAGAACUGACGGGAGCAUGUCUGACAUCGGUAUGGACAGUGAUGGGUUUGAGGGUAUCUUUGACGAUGCUGGGGAAAGUGAUGAGCAGAGUUCCGGCGAGGACGAAGCCCCGACCAAAGCCAAGAAAGGAACAGCUACAUCAGGCCAAAAGGGUAGGCUCAGUAAAAAGGAGCUCAAGACCCUCCCUACUUUUGCGUCAGCCGAAGAUUACGCCGAUAUAUUGGCUGCUGAGGAUGAUGGCUUGGAUGAUUGA